AUGGAAGACAUCAAGAUCCCCUCGCCGUCUGCUAUUCUAGACACCCACCCCCCUCCCCCAUCCUCCGGCGGGCUUUCCAAGCCGCCCCUCUCCCCUCAAAAGCCGACUGCAGGCCAGCCUGGCGCCUCCAGGGAUCCUAACAAGCCCAAGCAGUCCAAGAGCCGUAACGGCUGCAUCACUUGCAAGGCAAAACGACUGAAGUGUGACGAGUCCAAGCCCACCUGCCUCCAAUGUAAGAAGCGAAAUGUGGACUGUGGGGGGUACAAGAAGGACUUCAAAUGGCGUCCAUUCGAAGAAACCAAUAUUGGUGGCAAAACCACCGCUCCGAAAAACAAAAAAGCUACCUCAUUCCUCCCGGAUGAAAAAUCUAACGCAGAUAUGUCAACGUCUCCCACUUCAGAGCGUCGGCCAAAAUGGCCCAAGUCUCAGCAUGUCGCCUCCAGUCUGCCAUCGUUAGGCUCAGAGGGCUUCAUGGGCGCCUCGCACUUCACAUCACGGCCGAUUCCUACUUCCUCCAGGCACCCAAACCGACUUUCACUAAGCGAUAAGGAUCUCUUCAUCCCUGCAGAUGCACUCGGUGGCCAUCUGACUCCAGGGAGCUUCGAUGAAGAUUUCUUUCCGCCGUCGCUGACGGAUGUCUCAUCUCAAGGUCACUCGUGGUUAUCUGAUGCACCAUUACCCGUAGAGCUACUACCAGGAGCCGAGCACCCGUCGAAACACAGCCCAAGACGUGAUCCUCCCAGACAGGGGAGCUUCAGCUUCGAAGCAUUGAUGGAGGGAGACGACGAGGAUAUCGAGGAGAUCGUGAGAAAGUCCGAUCGAAGCGAGGAAACCGGGCUUUUCGGGUUCGCGGAGAUCGGCAUGACCCCGCCCUCCCCGGACGCGAACAUCCUGCCCAAUAUGUUAAAGGAGCCAGUGUUUGGCAUCGCAAGCCCAGAGAUGCUGGUUUUGCAGUUCGACCGAGUCACAUGUGGAAUAUUAUCCGUCAAGGAUGGUGUCCAUGAGAAUCCAUGGCGGACCUUGAUCUGGCCCUUGGCCAAAGAAACCCCAGCCUUGUAUCACGCCGUCUUUUCGCUCGCUGCUUUUCACUCGAGCAAGGAGAUUCCUGCCCUGAGGGUUCAUGGCGUGGAUCAUAUGCGCCAGAGUAUCGUCCACAUGGUGCAGGAUAUCCAGAGCAUGCGGGCCGAUGCAGCGUUGGCCACGAGUCUGGCGCUCGCAUUUGCCGACACCUGGGAUCAGCACACUCAGACCUGCAUCCAGCACCUGCGGGGAGCCAAGGCGUUGGUCUCACAGGUAGUGGGAUUUGGACUGCAGAGCGGAAUGUGUGGAGGUGACCUGAGUCGGGUUCGUUUCCUUUACAAUACCUGGCUGUAUAUGGAUGUGAUCGCCCGCCUGACAUCCCGUGAAGAAAGCGAAACUCCGGAUGUCGACUUGCCCUUUUUGCAGCUUCCGCAGGAUGUCGUGCACGAUAUUGAUCCUUUGAUGGGCUGCGCGACCACGCUGUUUCCGCUCAUCAAUCAAGUGGCUCGUUUGAUCCAACGGGUUCGCAAGACUGAAUCAAAUUCCAUCUCUCUUAUCUCACAGGCCAUCGAGCUGAAAAGGCUUGUCGAACAAUGGCAGCCGCCCGAAUUGUUCGAGCCCCCUGAGGAUCCCUCUUCGGAAGUGCAGCAUAGCAUCCAAACGGCACAUGCUUACCGCUGGGCGACACUCCUGUACCUUCACCAAGCCGUCCCCGAGAUGCCAUCCGAGCCGGCAUCCGAGCUGGCCAAACGUGUCCUGAUACUGCUGGCCACGGUCCCGGCCAGUUCUCGCACUCUGAUCAUUCAAAUGUUUCCGCUACUAGCGGCCGGAUGCGAGACGGAGCAAGAGGAGGACCGGCGCUGGGUGCUGGGCCGGUGGGAAGCGAUCCAGACCCGCCUGAUGCUGGGCUCAAUAGACCGCUGCAUUGAAGUGGUUCGCGAGGUGUGGGCUCGCCGGGAUGCAUUUGAGGGCGAGAAACAACGAAGACAGCUGCGUGGGGCCUCAGGACGUGCCGCCAAUGUUACCGCGGAAGUGCUGGGGAACGAUAGACUGUCUUACGCGAGCGUUGGACUAGGAGAACGAGUUGGAAAUGGCUUCUACGCCAAAGAGCCGUGGAGAAGGAGCAACCAAGACGACUGGGUGUCUUCCAAGGGAGCCCUCGGAGGCGCACGACGGAGUUCCGCCAUGGCACCUCUGGAAAAUAUCGAGUUUGAGAAGACGGUGCGCGGCAGCUUGCACUGGAUCAACGUGAUGCAGGAAUGGGGAUGGGAAGCGAUUCUUCAUCGCGGGGCGCGUAAGGGCGACACGGUCGCUAAGGUUUCCUUCGAGGCGGGAUUGGUCUCGCGGGGCAUCCGGAUUGUCGUGGCCUUUGGCAGUCCGUUCUUCGGAGUCAUCCUCAGCCCGUACCGGCGGCUUGUUCUGGGCUAGAUACGACCGAAGGGACGCCAGGUAUGGCUCCAAGUCGCUCGUCAUGGACACGGUCGCCAUUGUCGCGAGGGCUGCAAGGGCUGCAAGGAUUGCUCCGGAACCUGGACGCGAGCGAGGGUGCAGAUAAAAUGUUGCGAGGGAUCUUCUUUCGACCGGGUGUCUUACAAUCUGGACUUUUGGCAUCAGCAUGGCGUUCCGCGUUGAGUGCAGCGAAUAAUCACAUUCUAUACGGGACGACUCGAUCGAUCGCCUGAGUAGCCCCGGGGUUUUGUCUGGUAGCUUAUGCUUAUAGCGGUGCGUGCCGCGUCUGCUCGUAUGUCGCUAGGGAAACUUGCUGG